CUUCGCUGAAGGUCAGGUACUACCAUACCAUGAGAGGUGAAAAUGCAAAUAAUUAUAGACUUUAUCUUGCUGAUUUAACAAGGGAUUUAUUUUUUUCUUUUAUUUUUCUUUUUUUUAUAUGCCUGUUUUAUACAAACGGAGAUGAGCACAUACUGUGUUCUGAAGGUGCCAGAAGGUUGCAGAGUCCUCAGGCUCUAUCAUUACAGAUCUCAUUCUACGGCCAUGGCCUCUCCAAACCUGGCUUUUGUGCCAGCCAGCCUGCCUCCAGCUGCUGUGGAGGUGGAAGCACUUCAGCGUUUCGUGUCUCAUUCCCAGAGGCUGUUGGUAAUGACUGGUGCCGGAAUCUCCACGGAAUCAGGGAUCCCAGACUACCGCUCCGAAGGGGUAGGGCUUUACGCCAGGACAGACAGGCGACCUAUCCAGCAUGCUGAGUUUGUUCGCAGUGCCAGUGCCCGCCAGCGAUACUGGGCAAGGAACUUUGUAGGCUGGACCCAGUUCUCCUCUCACCAGCCUAAUGCAGCACACCUGGCCCUAAGAAACUGGGAAAAGCUGGGAAAGCUGCACUGGCUGGUGACCCAGAAUGUGGACGCGCUGCAUACGAAGGCCGGGAGUCAGCGGAUGACGGAAUUGCAUGGCUGCACACACAGGGUUCUCUGCCUCGGCUGUGGAGAGCAAACCCCCCGCUCUGAGCUUCAGAAGCACUUUGAAGCGCUGAAUCCCACCUGGAGAGCUGAAGCACAUGGUAUGGCACCUGAUGGGGAUGUCUUCCUCACAGAUGAGCAGGUGCGUAAUUUCCGUGUCCCAGCUUGCAGCAGAUGUGGUGGGAUCCUGAAGCCAGAUGUGACGUUCUUUGGAGAUACAGUGAGCCGAGAGAAAGUGGAUUUUGUGCACCGGCGCCUGGCUGAAGCAGAUUCCAUGCUGGUGGCAGGAUCCUCUUUGCAGGUGUACUCUGGUUACAGGUUUGCACUUGCUGCUCAUGAAAAGAAGCUGCCAAUUGUGAUCAUUAAUAUUGGGCCCACAAGAUCAGAUCAUUUUGCAUCCAUGAAAGUGAAUUCUCGGUGUGGGGAGCUGCUGCCUUUAAUUGUCCCACGGUGACCCAACUGCUAGUGUCAGUGAGCUAGGCACUGCACCCAUCCAAGGUACUUAUUGACCCAUCAUCUCUUAAGAGCGGCUGUUUCAACCCAGGAAGGUAACAAAGAUGAGAUCUAAGGAUGCUUCUUCUGGUGAGACCAGCAGAGGACAGCAAGCCAUCAUCUGUUCCAGUUAGAGCCGCUUCCUGUACUGAGCCAUGGUCUCCAUUUACCUGGAAGCCAAGGGGUGGGAAGUAUCUGGUAUGAGAUUCUCUCUGCUCUCCUUACAAUGUACUGUGCCUCUGCUUUGCCUUCAUUGCAAGGUGCUGGGACAGGAUGAUGAGACUUUUGUACUUCCAAACCAAGGCACUUUUCUUACAGCUGGCAGCAGAAGAAAAGUUGGGGAAUGGGAGCUUGGAGGAGAGGCUAGACAAAUUGGAAGGGAUGGGGAGGGGAAGGAAAGAAAGAGGAUUUUAGCAUCUGGAGAGUCUAAUGUCACAAGCAGGUAAGUGGGAACAGCAUAGGACAGGCCAAUGAAACAAGAAUUCUGCUCUUCCAGACCUGGAAAGAACCUGUAUUGGGGGGAAAAAGUUUUCAACAGAGAAGCUGAACAAGGGCACCUACUAAAUACAGCUGUUUUCUAGAGAAAGAUUUAUUUGAGGGGCAGGUUAUCAGCUGAAAAUGUCCCCUCCUAGCAGGGAGAAGGCUGAGCAACUGGGCCACAGAGAGGUCCUGUACAGUUUGGCAGCCCAUAAUUGAUACUUUUUCUAUUUUUUUUUUUAAUCAUUGAGAAAUUGACCGAGUUUCACUAAAUCAGUGUGACCAGAGCUGCUUCUGACUAAACUAAUGCCUUCUCUGGAAUGCACAGUUGGGUGUAAUUAAAUUAAGAAAUUGUUUACAAGAUUUAUGUGACUGCUUUGGAAUUUCUUUCCUACCUAUAAAUCAGUCAAGUUCAUGCCUGGGUCAGAUUACUUUUUCCAUUUCAGAAAUUCAAGCUGAAAUUAUUAGCAUUAGAUGAAGCAAAAGAGUAAUUAAAUGACACCGAACUUGCUGUCUAAACAGACUACCCUAAAGUAUUCCUGUCCUUCAUUUUGUCCCACCAUUAAGAAAAGUUCCACUUCUUUUAAGCAACCAGUUUCUGUUGGGCCUUUAAGACACUUUUCACUAUUUAGAGAGUGAUUGAGAGGCAGAAGUGAGUACUGGGUGAACAUUGGGCCUUUGAGUCGACCUGCUCGCUAUAAUAAGCCCCUUCAGUGUUGUUCUGAGUCCUUACGAUUCCAUUCUGGAGGCAGAUUCAAAUGCUCCAGCCCCACUUGCAAGAGCAGAGUUUCCUACAGUGACCUUCCAAAGAGAAUAAAAAGAAAUGGAGAGGGCCAAGACUGGGGUGCUCACUUGCAGAAAGGGCACUGCCUCUCUAAGCAGCAAAGCCGGGAG